UCUAUAGACGCCACUUUAGCAGCACGUCACGUUUUGGGAUAGGGACGGAGACGGGCAAAUCUUCCCUUGGGGCGUCUUUUUCGACUUCCAAGAACCGGGCUUUAACAUUCCCGUCUCCAUCCUUAUCAUUCUCAUCGUCAAUAUCAACUUCUCCUACCCUACGCGAAUGGCUACAGCUGGCUUCCAGAUCCGUCCUUUCGAGUAUACGUCCCAAACAUCCACAAAGCCAAGCACGGUUCCGACUGUGGCACCUACGACCCGGAAGGAAGAUUCAUUCCGCAGGCGUUCGAGAACCUUCUGCAAAUACGAUCACAACAAUGAUGGCGCGUUGACAGUACGGGAACUGUUCAAUCUGAUGCACAGUCAUCGCUGCGCGGCCGAUCCAUUUGGAUGGGGCGCAGCUUUUUUCGAGUGGGGGACGACUUGGCUUCUGAUUCAGAAGGAUGCUAGAGUCUACAAGGAAGAUCAUCAGGGAGACUAUGAUGUAAAUCUUCACGUCUGUUAACGCCUGACCUAGAUCGAAGUGGGGUCCUCUAUUCUGGG